CUUUGUUGCACUGUUCUUGUUUGUUUGAAUUUUAAACAGUAUUUUUUUGGGAAGCUGCUGCUCAACGCAUAAACCUUCUGUAAUGGUUGAAUUCACCCAAUUCUCAACGAUAUAGAAACAUGGAUCCAAUCUGGCUUGCGUUUAAACAUCUUCUCUGGUUGGUAUUAUACGUGACAUUGGGAUUCUCAUUUGCGAUCGCGGUCGAAACUCUAAGAAGAAAAUUCAAUCACGAUCAUAUUGAAGCUCCUCCCGCCUUCGAAGAUCCAAAUUCGUUGACACCUGUCCCCUGUACGAGUAUCUCUGAUCCUGCUCAAAAGUAUAUGUCAUUGAUCAUUCCUGCUUACAAUGAAGAGAAUAGGCUUCCUACAGCUCUUGUUGAAAUGCUACAUUAUCUUCAGCGCCGAGCUGCUAAGGACAAGUCAUUUACAUAUGAGGUGAUUAUUGUUGAUGAUGGAAGUGCUGAUAGAACAAAAACAGUAGCUUUUGAAUUUGUGAAAAAGCACACUGUGGAAAAUGUUAGAAUUAUUCUGCUGGGAAAGAAUCAUGGAAAGGGAGAAGCCAUAAGAAAAGGAAUGCUUCACUCACGGGGUGAGCUACUUCUGAUGCUUGAUGCUGAUGGGGCAACAAAAAUAGAUGAUCUAGAGAAGUUAGAGAAUCAGAUUCUUGCAGUCGUUAGAAAGGAACAAGGUUUAGGGGAUUCCACUUUUAGUGAUUCAACUUUAAGAAUUUCAAAUGUCUCUGUUGCUGCAUUUGGCUCUCGGGCACAUCUUGAGGAGAAGGCUCUUGCAACGAGGAAGUGGUACCGGAAUUUCUUAAUGAAAGGUUUCCAUAUAGUAGUUCUCUUGGCUGCUGGACCUGGAAUCCGUGAUACCCAGUGCGGGUUCAAGAUGUUCACCAGAGCUGCUGCCAGGAAACUUUUCCCAAACAUCCGUUUGAAAAGGUGGUGCUUUGAUGUUGAGCUAGUGUAUAUCUGCAAAUGGUUGGGUGUUCCCAUUGUUGAGGUAUCUGUGAAUUGGACUGAGAUUCCUGGGUCGAAGGUUAACCUUUUGAGCAUCCCCAAUAUGUUAUGGGAGUUGGCAAUCAUGUCAUUGGGUUAUAGAAGCGGCCAAUGGAAAAUCAACACGUAAGGCUGUUUUCUAACUUUUUGGAGUUCACAGUUUAGAGAGGAUUUAAUGAUUUAUCACACACCAUCCGCUCUGCAAGGCAGAUUGACUUAUUGGCUUGGGGGGGGGGGGGGGGGGGGGGUCGGGGUCCCAAACUAUGUGUUGUAACACAAUUACAGACAAUUGCUACAUUUCAGAAUAUGGUUCUUUUCCUUUUCGUUUUCUUUUUUCCUUCUGAAUGACACUUGUAUCUUAUUAUAGUUGUAACGGUGAGAAACUGUGCUAACAGAGCAUUUGACACCAAUAACUUUUAAGUAAAAUUUAUGAGCCAAAGUGCCAUUGAGUUGUCACUAAAUUACAAAACGGAGGAAUGAAUAACUCGCGGUUAAUCACAUUUCUUUGUUUUAAUGUUACAAAAAGUAGGAGUUAAAGAAAAAUGCCAGUUGUUUAGCGAAUAUUUGUGGCUCUUUGAUGGGAACUUAAUUUUUCUUAUCAAUUCUGUUGAACUAUCUUUAACCAAUCUGAUUUUUAGUGAAUGACAGAAGUAGCGGAAUGUAUUUCUUCGAUACAAGUUGCUCCAAUGAGGCAAUGAAUGAGGACGGCACUCUUACCCAUUCUUGGAUAUAUUGUUUUCUUUUAUUUAUCAUUAAUCUUUUAGCCGUUACUUCAACAGUUCAUCAAGUGCACACGUAAAGGCAAUUCAGCCAUAUCACCGAACUGUAGAAGCAAGAAUGCAGACAAUUGAUUGAGAAUGCCGUGAAAGGGAAACGCAUUCCAUUUCCAUUCACUUUUCUUGCAUAAAAAUCUAUCCUGUCAUAAUUUAUUUCUUUUAAAAGCUACUAUAUCCCCUAAACACAAAAUGACUUGAGGGGUUGCACACUAAUUAUUUGGAUACCAUGAGUGGGGACUGGGAGAUCAAAUAGACUUCAUAAUUUCACAUGGUUUUAGUCUUUAGAGCAUGCUUCUCAAAUAAACAUAUUUUGUGAUUUCCAUUUUUAAAAUAUUG